CACAAGCAACACAGCCAACAUGGCGGACUGGGACGCUGAGACCUUCGAGCCGGAGGAGCCGAUUAAAAAGGCGGUAGUGAUGGAUAAAUGGGAAGGCGAGGACGAAGAAGAAGACGUUAAGGAUAACUGGGAUGAUGAGGAAGAAGAUCAAGAGAAAAAAGUAGACAUGAAAAAAACGGAGAAAAAGGUUUCUGACAAGAAAAAGUUGAUGGAGAAGAUUAAAGAGAAAGAAAACCGUUUAAAGAAAAAACAACAGGAGUUGGUGGAAAACGAAGAAGAGCUUACUCAAGAAGAACAACUUGCAGAGAAGUUAAGAGUGCAGAAGCUACAGGAAGCCGCAGACUUGGAGUUAGCAAAAGAUGCUUUUGGUGUCAGCAGCACUUCAAACUGUGUCACUGGGAUUGACGCCAUGUGUCCAUCCUCCAAAGAAGACUUCACAGAGUUUGAAAAAUUGCUGAAAGAAAAGAUAACCCAGUUUGAAAAAUCUGUGCAUUAUUCAAGUUUCUUGGAUUCAUUGUUUCGGGAACUCUGUAUUUCAUUGGAAGUAGAGGACUUGAAGAAAGUCAGUAAUUCCCUGACAGUUCUACUUAGUGAAAAACAGAAACAAGAAAAACAAAACAAAGGAAAGAAAAAGAAGAAAGGUGUUGUACCUGGCGGCGGUUUGAAAGCACAGAUGAGAGAUGACCUUGACUAUGCAUCGUUUGAUGGUGGCUACGCCCAAGACUAUGAGGACUUCAUGUGACACCGGCUCCAUUACCAUUGUCUUCUCCCUCUCCCAAUCCUGAGAAAUGCAGCUGUACCUUCUCAUGCUGUCCAGUGCCAUCCUGGAAAAUCUGAACUAUGUGUUGCCCCCUUCAUUUUGCUUCAAUGACCAGAGGGACUAUACCAGGGAGCAUCCAGUCUCACCAACUCUUUAUGUUCAUACAUAUGGAAUUGCCUUUUCUCUGUUUCAUUCAGCCUCGACUCACACACACACACACACAGACACAUAAUCAUGUAGUAUAUUUGUUGGGUGACCCAGCUUCAAGGGAAAAUACACUUAAACUGCUCUUGUCUGAGUUUUGAGGGGCUCAGUUUUUAUUAAAUGUUGCUCCUGUCAAAAUGGCAGAUACAGUAUUGCAGUUAUAAGUGUAAUGACAUAGAAACACAUGGUUCUAUGCAAAUUCUUCAACCAGAAUGUCAUGUAUAUAUUAUAGGUCACACUUACCUGUGGAUAAUUCUCUUACAGGAAAGUAUAUAGUAUCUAUAACUUUGGUUGCCAAAUGCAGAACAAUUAUUCAGUACAUUAUUCAUCUUUAUCUCUGGAAAAGGUUGCAUUGUGGGUGAUUUGAGACUGAUGCAACAUGUAAGUAGUAGUUGUAAUUUAACAGAGAGCACAUGACAUUCAUUGUAAGAUAAAAGGGAUAGACAAGUGUAAUAAAUGUGACUUAAACAUUA